AUGGAGUCUCUGCUGGCUCCCACUGGAGGCCUUACUACGGACCCUACUGCUGCGAGCAUCACCGCAAGCCCGAAUCCGGGCCAAGUUGCAGAUCUUCUUGCAGGUCGUGCUACAGACGAUGCAGAUCCUGCUGCAGGCCCGACAUCAGAUCCGGCAGCAGGCCCUACAAAGGAUCCAACUACAGGCCCGACAGCAGAUUCCACUGCAGACCCAAAUACAGGCACUACGCUACGGAUCCUCAAAUGUCGGCGUGUGCUAGACGAUCAACACACCCCUGUUGCCCCAUAUGGAAAUCCACCGAAGAGGAUCCCCAGAAUUGCGGCACCCACAGCCAUCAUAUUUUUUCGGCGCAAAGGGAACCAUGCAAUGCGCAAGGUCAAGGCGUGGCCAUAG